GCAUGCAUCUAAACAAAUAUUUGAUGAGUAAUAAAUCAUAUCGCAACUAUCUUGUACGAGUUGGAAUAAUAUAAUCAACAAGUAGACUUUUUAAAAUUUAUAUAUCCUUUUUAAGGCCAAUAUGGUUAUAAAUUAAGUACACAAUGAUUUUUUAAUUUUUUUUUAUUAUUUUAUUUUACGUAUAUUAUAUGUGCAUGUUGGUGGAACCUAGGAACUCCAGAGUAGCGAUCGACUAUAUAAAGGAUAGAAGGUAUCAGCAUUUUUCUUACAAAACCAUUUCUUAAUUAAAAUACGAGUUGAUUCAAUUAAUCGGGAAUUCUAAAAGAUUUAUGGGGCUGAUAGGGAAACUGGUUUCUGGAACAAACAUAAAAUCGGACGGAGAUGUGUUCCACGAGAUCUUCAGAGAGAGGCCGCACCAUGUACCGGACAUGAGCCCCGAUCUCGUUCAAAACUGUGACUUACAUGAAGGUCAGUGGGGAACCGUCGGAUCUGUCAUCUUCUGGAACUACACCCAUGAUGGUAAAGAGUGUGUGGCGAAAGACAUAAUUGAAGCGAUAGAUGAGGAGAAGAGGUUGGUGACUUUCAAUAUGGUUGAAGGAGAUCUUAUGGAGCUAUACAAGACAUUCAAAGCAACUGUUCAUGUUGACACCGUCGGGGAAGACAACCUCGUCACUUGGACUUUUGAUUACGAGAAACUGAACGAGGAUGUUACCGAACCACACACUCUCAUGGACUUGUGCAUUAAGAUGACUAAAGAUAUUGAGUCCCACCACCUCACUAAAGCCUAGUAUUUAUAAAAUUAACA